CAUCAUCAUCAUCACUAUCACUACAUCUUCCCUCGCAUAUCGAAUUAUUAAUAAUAUCGGAGAUGGCAGGCGUUGAUUUGGGCACAAGCUCCUACCUCCACCACCACCAGUCGCUGCACCUCCGCCACGAUGACGCCGGCGCCGGCGGCGGCUCCGACGACGGCGGCCAGGACGCGCUCUCGCCGGGGAGCGGUGGUGGUGGUGGCGGCCCGUCGAGCACGGCCGGGGGCGCCGGGAUCGGCGGCGGCGAGAUCGUCGCGCGCCGCCCGCGCGGCCGCCCGCCGGGCUCCAAGAACAAGCCCAAGCCGCCGGUGAUCAUCACCAGGGAGAGCGCCAACGCGCUGCGGGCGCACAUCCUCGAGGUCGCCGCCGGGUGCGAUGUGUUCGAGGCGUUGACGGCCUACGCGCGCCGCCGGCAGCGCGGCGUCUGCGUGCUCUCGGCGGCCGGGACCGUCGCCAACGUGACGCUUCGGCAGCCGCAGUCGGCGCAGACCGGGCCGGCUUCCCCGGCCGUGGCCACGCUCCAUGGCAGGUUCGAGAUACUCUCCCUCGCCGGCUCUUUCCUCCCUCCCCCGGCGCCUCCCGGCGCCACCAGCCUCGCCGCCUUCCUCGCCGGGGGCCAGGGGCAGGUCGUCGGUGGCAGCGUGGCCGGCGCGCUCAUCGCGGCCGGGCCGGUGGUCGUCGUUGCCGCAUCGUUCAGCAACGUGGCGUACGAGAGGCUGCCGCUCGAGGACGGCGACGAGGUCGUCCCUCCGGCUCCAGCAGGGAGCGACCAGGGCGGCGGCGGCGGCAUGCCAUUAGGCGUUGAUCCGUCAGGUGGCGUGCCCGGCGGCGGGCUCCCGUUCUUCAACAUGCCGUUCGGGAUGCCGCCAAUGCCGGUGGAGGGGCACGCCGGCUGGCCAGGCGCCGGCGCCGGAGUCGGGAGGCCACCGUUCUCAUGAUAUGGAUCCCAUAUUCCGGCGAGGGCGCAGCGAGAAGCGCGAGGACAUGGACAUGUACAACAACAACGACAAGUAGCCUCUCUUUAUCUCUAAAUCUUUCUCAUCUUGUUCGAUCUGUUAUGUGUUUGUGAUCUCUCUUCCUGAUGCUUUUGUGUUAACCUGUAUGAGACUUGUGUUAAUUGUUGAUCAGUCAGGUGUCUUUUGAUGCUUGGAAUGUGUCGUGAGGACAUGCACUCAUAAGUUGAUCAAAUCAAUUGUCUAAGUUAGUGAUUGUCUAAUUAAUUUGUGCUGGAAUUAAUGUUUAAUUAAUCUGAUUUGUAGUUUGAU